CUCGUCUGUGGCAAUGCGUGGAUGCUGGACCUCACCCAAGCUGUGCUAAACCUCGGCUUCCUGGUCGGAGGGUUCACCUUAGGCUAUGCAGCGGACAGGUAUGGCAGAAUCGUCAUUUACUUAAUAUCCUGUUUCGGUGUUGGAGUCACUGGUGUUGUGGUGGCAUUUGCACCAAAUUUUUCUGUGUUUGUGAUCUUUCGCUUCCUACAAGGUGUGUUUGGAAAAGGGACAUGGAUGACUUGCUACGUGAUUGUGACAGAAAUAGUAGGUUCAAAACAAAGGAGGAUUGUGGGAAUAGUGAUUCAAAUAUUCUUCACCCUUGGAAUCAUAAUUCUCCCUGGAAUUGCCUACUUUAUCCCCAAUUGGCAAGGGAUGCAGCUGGCCAUAACGCUGCCCAACUUUCUCUUCCUCCUUUACUACUGGGUGGUUCCUGAAUCUCCCCGCUGGCUGAUUACUCGGAAGAAAGGAGACAAAGCAUUAAAAAUUCUGAGAAGCAUUGCUAAAUGCAAUGGGAAAUAUCUCUCACCGAAUUACUCAGAGAUCACUGCUACAGAUGAGGAAGUUAGUAAUCCAUCCUUUUUAGAUCUGGUGAGAACUCCCCAAAUGAGGAAGUGCACACUUAUCCUUAUGUUUGCUUGGUUCACAAGCGCAGUGGUAUACCAAGGACUCGUCAUGCGCCUGGGAAUUAUAGGAGGCAACCUCUACAUAGACUUUUUUAUCUCGGGAGUUGUGGAACUGCCAGGAGCCCUCUUGAUCUUACUUACCAUUGAGCGUGUCGGACGACGCCUUCCCUUCGCGGCAAGCAAUAUCGUGGCAGGGGUGGCAUGCCUGGUCACUGCAUUCAUACCAGAAGGUAAUCUUCCCCCACAUCUGCUUGGCUUGUGUGAUUUUGGGGGAAUCAUAGCCCCGUUUCUGCUCUUCCGGCUAGCAGCCGUGUGGCUGGAACUACCUCUAAUCAUCUUUGGUCUCCUGGCUUCCAUCUGUGGUGGCCUCGUGAUGCUUCUACCCGAAACCAAGGGCAUUGCCUUGCCAGAGACGGUGGAUGAUGUGGAAAAACUUGGCAGUCCGCAUUCCUAUAAAUGUAGGAAGAAAAAGAAAACCCAGGUUUCCAGCUCUCACCUUUGAGGCCCCUGCCAAAGACAGAAGGAAGGAGCUAUUCAGGACCGAUCCUCCUCGAAUCCGUGCCUUGCAGAGAUGUGCGUGUCCACGUCAGCUACAUUAUGCUGUGCCAUUUUUAAUACUAUAUACAGACAUUCAAACCAUCCAGAGUAUUUUUAUAAUAAUGUUGGAUGAAUUAGGAUUUAUAGUGCUAUUGAAGUUUCUGGGAACACAUAAUAUGUGGCCGGUUUAGCAAUGAGCCUGUUAGGUGCAUAGUACUUGCUGAGGUUUUUUCUUGUGGUGGAGCAGCGAUCUCUGACCCAUUUGGUCCAAGAGAGACAAGAGAAGCCCCCUUCCUGAUUCUCAGGACGGCUCCAUCAAGAAUGCAGGAUGUGCAAACUAAAGAUUUGGGAAAGGUAUACAGGAAUGCAUUCAUCAAGUAUGAUCAGGGGAUUAAGUCUCUGAACUGAGUGUUCUCAAGUUUCCACGGAGGAGAACGAUUUGGGAAUCCUGGGAGUGAAGAGACUGAAUCCAAGGUGGGGCUGCACAGAGCUGAGACAUUGCUUUCUCUGCUCACCUGGAGUUCUGCAAGCCUCUGUAGAGGGACAGGUUGAUCGUCCUUCUUGUCCACGUCCUUCAUAGCAUCUGGGGUUCCAGGCAUGGCUUAGACCCCAUUCCGUACAUAAGAACGAAUCUGUGUUACAGCUGCAGGAUUUGGCUCUAUCAUUUAUAAAAUCAGGUUUUGGUCCCGAGAUUAUUUGGGAUAUUUUUGGUCCUUCCUUUAGUGGACGCCUGGAGCCACAGAUUCAGUUCUUUAAUGAACAAAACCCAUGGAUUAUGAUUUCAUGGGUCUUAAGAUUUUAAAAUAAAGGGAUAUUUAUCUUAUAUUCAUGAGCUCAGUUCUGAUGGUGCCCACGGUCAAGAGUGAAAAACACAGACAGUUCACAUUCAAUCUUGGCACUUUCGACUUGUCUUGGGAAAAAGCUUACAUAUUAAUUUAAAAGAAAGAUCAAGUAUGUCUGUGCUAAAAAGAAUUAGCAGCAGCUUUAUAUGUGACUUUGUAGAUACUAAUAAGGGAUUUGACCUUUCUUUUUUGUUAUUGUGACUUUAGAAAUGUGGAACCUAAACACAAAUAUGGUGUUCUGUUUAAUAAGUUGUAUUUGUUAUAUUUUCUGAUUCGGUAAAUAUCUUAUACCAAUUUUUUUAAUGAAAUACUUUGUGUGGACAGGCACAGUGACCCUCCUGCCCUCACACACACCGGGGCUGAACGUGAACGUUCUGUCUGUCAGUGACAUAAGCGCGACUCUUCGAGGGUUUAAUGCAGCUGUCACCCUCUAGUCACGUCCAUCUGCCUUUUUGCUUCUCAUCGCAUUUCUUUGCUGUAAGAUGACUGCUGCUCUCUGCUGCCAUCACUUUGGGAUAUAUUUUGAGUUAAUAUUUUUGUUUGGUAACAAUAAAAAAUUUUAAAUUGUAAAAAAAAAAAAAAAAAAA